CAUUGCAUAAAAAUGUUGUCUUCACUUUGUUUCUUAUUUUUUAUUGCAUGUACCUGCUAUCCUGUGGCUGGAGACCUGGAGGGAUAUUUUGGAGGGCACGGGCCCCCCUUUGGAGGACUCGGAUCCCAUUUCGGUGGAAGACCUGGCUUCGCGGGACACAAACUAAUCCAUGAAGGAGUCGGUUUUGGUCAACAUUUCGGCGGAGUAGGACCCUCUCAUAUAUCUCCUGCUUUUUCCCAUGGGUUCGGAGGAGCUGAACUCCACGGAGGUUCAGAAAUAGGUCAUAACAGUUUUCGGGGAGGAAGCAAAGCUUUGAAUGGAGGUAAUUUCCAUAAAUUACAUGGAGUUUCGAGCGGAGAAGUGAACCACGAUGAUUUAGGGCAUUUCAAAGGGGAAGGAGCAUUCAAGGAUGUCAAAGGGGAGUCUGCUCAUUUUUAUGACGCAGAUGGCGGAAAGAAUGCACAUCAUGAUGGGAAGAAUUACUACGAAGGAAAACAUUUUGGAAAUGAAGGAAAAACCGGUGCCGAGAAAUCAGCCAAGCAAGGUCACAGAAAAGGACACACAGUGAAAGGUUUCUCCACUUCCCACCACAAGGACGAAUCGGAAAAAACAGAAGAGUUCUUCGACGAAGCCCACGACGAAGGUGGCAAUGCCGCUUUCCAUGGCCAGUCUGGCAAAUUCGGAGAAACUGGAGCCUCUUCUUCCAAAGGUGAACACUUGGAUGGUGAAUUCAAGGCAGGAGAAUCUAAGAAAGGGUUCCACUUCGACAAGGAGUCCGUUAACGGCAAAGUUCAUGGAAACCAGAGACAAUUCGGUGGCAAGAAGUUUAACAACCAUGGGUCGGCGUUGGGGGAGCACAAAGUUUUAGACGAAGAUGAUGUUGAAGCCCACCAUGGGUCUAGCAAGCUGUUCGAACAUCGGCCAAGUUUUUAUUAGAAUAUUUUUAGAGUUUCACCACCGUCCUACAUAUCACUUGAAAUGAUAUGAAUGUCUAUUUAGAACUGUAGUAUUAUUGAAAUGUUUGGCAAAAUAGUAGUUUCUGAAGGUAGUUGAGAAAGGACGAUUUGGAAAUGGGCCUUUUUCGAAUAUAGGCCACCAAGUUUUUUAGCCAUAUCUAUUUAUUAGCAAUAUUAACUUAUAUUUACUUUAAUAAAUCAUCUGCUGCAUAUUUUU